AAGCUCACUACAAGAGAGGACUGAACCCCAUACGUUUGCUGCUUGGAUAAACUCUUCCCCCAAAAGGAUUUACUGUAUCUUAUGUGCUUUAUUUGAAGAGUUGCCUACAAAUUUGUGGAUUUUUUUACACUGGAUUUGGAUUUUAAGGGCUCAUCAGGGAUUUGAGGAGUCAUGGAAGGUGUUUCACUAAAGAAUGGCACUGCCUUUGCUGAAGAUUUCUGCUGAGUAUUAGACUCAGCAUGUAGCCGAGGUAAUCAAGUCCCUUCACGCGUGGGAACAGUCCAACAUUCAGCCACCUGGCACCAGAGAGCCGGCCAAUCACAGGCAAACACAGCCCUGACCUCGGCAGAUGUCCCUGAGUGGUGGAGGGGCAGCGGGGGGCACUGAAGGCACAGUGGCCUGAGCCGACAGAAGGCAGAGAGAAGCCAGAAAUGUUUGGAAAAAGCCAGUGGCCUGGACCAUGGUGUUUUAAAAAGAAAAAAUUGUCUAAAUAUGUGUAACUGAACAUUAUUUUUAGUGUAGAAAAGCAGAAAGAAACGUGAAAUUAAAUUUUUUAAACCAUGCCUGCCAAAUAGCUAAAAAUAUCAACAUAUUUAUUUUUUAUAUAUGUAAAAAAAAAAGAAGAAAGUUUGCAUGGUGUAAAAAUACGAUAUCCAGUUAUUUUUUAAUAUUUCACAACGCAAGAAAGCAAAACAAACAAAAUCAAUAACACAAAACAAUAACUACAUCUACAGUUUAAUGCAUAAAGUGUAUUAACUACUAAUUAACCCAUAUUUUAGCAAAAUAUUUUUCUUCACUUUAGUUGUAGAUAAAGUUUAAAAUCAACCCAUAAUGAGCAGAUUCUCAGCUGAAAAAAUGUGAUGAAGGGGUCUGUAGUUGUUUUACCAUCUGUUUGGCUUUCCCUUAUUAUGUAAGAUGCAAAAUCGAUGAGCUGAGAUAAACAGCGUUGCACAUUUGCUGCCGUGCUGCUUUUUUUUCUGUGCUCCCACAGAUAAUGGGGAAUUCGUACGCGGGGCAGCUGAAGUCUGCUCGUUUUGAGGAGGCUCUCCACAACUCUAUCGAAGCGUCGCUGCGCUCCAGCAGCGGAGAUCCACAGCCCAUCUUCACGCAACUCUACUUGCAGCCAGAGCCAUUUCCAGGUAAUAUGGAAGCAGAUGUAAAGUCAAAACCUGACAUGGCACUCCAUGGUGAGGAGGCAAAUGAUCUUCUGAAUGGUUCCUCCUCCAACGAUCUGGAGGAGCUGGAGGAUGAUGAGGACUCAGACAGCAGCAGCCCUCCACUUCCCUACCUGCAAACUCCUGCACCUGAUGGCUGCUGCACAUUCGAUGGUAUCAUCUCAACAGGAUUCUGUCAGGCUGGAAAGGACCUACGUCUUGUCACCAUAGCAGCAGAACCCAUCGAGGUCCCAGCAGGCUUCGAGCUGGUCGGCGCCAAGUCUCCCAGCAUCCCCGAGCACAUCUUGGUGUGUGCUGUGGACCGCCGCUUUUUGCCUGACGAGAAUGGGAAAAAUGCACUUUUAGGUUUUUCAGGAAACUGUGUGGGCUGCGGUGAAAAGGGUUUCAGAUACUUCACGGAGUUUUCAAAUCACAUCAACCUGAAGUUAUCCACCCAACCCAAGAAGCAGAAGCACUUAAAAUACUACCUGGUGAAGAAUUCACAGGGUGCUCUGUGCAAAGGACCGCUUAUCUGCUGGAAAGAUAGUAAAACCCGCCAGUUUUCCAGUGGCGCCUCGACCUCCAAACCAAGUUCGUCCUUGUCCCUGUACAGCAAAGAAAACGCCGGCACCAGUGGACACAGCUCGCCCCCCUUCUCCCUCUCAGGUUCCCCACCCACUCGUAUGGCACAAGCAUCCUCCGUCUUUUUUAGCAGUCAGGAUCUCGGAAGGGACUGUAGUUUCCUCAAACCUCUGGUCUCCGCUCCCGGGAACAAAACUCUGCCAAUAGUUCCCACAGCUCUUAGGGUGAACGGACCAACGAACAGCCUGGCUGUUGAAGUGCACCCUUUGUUACUGAGCCCCUCCCAGGUCUCCUUGGUUCCGCAGGCUCAGGGGUAUCGCACUCCUGAUUUAGGAGACAGUCCUGUAUCCUCUGCUAUGAACUCCGGUCCCCCAAAGAAGCGCCAUCGCAGCUGGCAUCCCAGCACCGUGGUCCCAGUCCCACCAACAGCCGUCCCGGUCCCGGCAAUUCGGCCAAUAGUUGCCUCUCCAGGUUCUGUUUUAGCAGUGUCCUCUCCUCAGCCACUGGUGGCUGGUGUCCUUCAGCCCCAGCCUGUCGCUGCUGGAGAAACAGUCAUCAUCCCUGAAAACCUGCUCAACUGUUCAGGCGUUCGGCCCGUCAUCCUCAUUGGGCAUGGCACUUUACCAUAUUUCUAUGGGAACGUUGGCAAUAUAGUGGUGAGCCCCCUGCUGGUCAGCUGCUAUAAGAACAGCCAGCUGACAGAAAAUAACCUGGAAACUUUGGGUCUCGACAGCAGCCAGACGCUCAGUGUGGAGAUGAUGAUCCUGCUCACUUUACAGUACCUUGCACGUUUAGCUUCAAACCAGAUUCCUCUGAGGGAGGAGCUGGAGCAGAUAGUUUUAAAGGCCAUGCUGUGCUGUCCUGGCAAUCCUGCCAUCUCCCCGUCCCAGCUUCCAUGGCUGGCUCGACUGGAAGCGAGUGUCUCCGGGGGCAGCGUCCAGGUGGUGGUCACCCACAACUCUUUGGGUGAGGGCAUCUCUGAGUCCCUACGCUCUCUCAGUGAAGGUCCACAGCAUCAGCAGCGCCUGCCAACCUAUGUUGUCAUUAUAUGUGCCUCGAAAAUUAAUGGCAACGAGUUCUGUGUGCUUGUUUUGGGCAAGUACCAAGCACGUGCCUUAGCUGAAGGCAUGCUCACAACCAAUGAGUUUCUGAAGGAAAUCAGUUACGAACUCAUCACAGGGAAAGUCAGUGUCCUGGCAUCUCACUUCAGAACCACCUCUCUUGGGGACAAUCUUGACAAGCAGCUCGUACGAUAUCAGCGCAAACGGAAAGGACAGGUCAUCCAGCCAUUCCAGGGUGAUAUCACUGAAAAUAUCCACUCACAGGAGCCUGCCAGCAUGUCACCACCGGCAGACACAGCAGAGCUCCUAAACAGGGUCUUUCAGAUCUAUCCGGCCCAGCUGACCGUGGCUCGAAGUCUUCUCUCCCAGGUUUGCUCCAUUGCUGAUUCAGGUACCCAGAACCUGGACUUAGGUCGCUUUUGUAAAGUGGACUUUCUGGUUCUGGUUCCUCCAUCUCACAUUCUGGUACACCAGACAGCACAGCGCAUCCGACAAUCAGGAGUCCUUGUGGACCUCGGAAACGAAGAUGCCUCCACAGCCCACCAGAAAUCAGAGAAGUAUGUGGUGCGUCUGGAUGCUGAAGUUCACAUCAGGAUGGAGGCCUUCAUGAAGAAAGUCAAGCAGAACCCCUACACCCUGUUUGUCCUGAUUCAUGACAACUCGCACGUCGACCUCACAAGUGCCCUGUCAGGCUCUGUGUGCCACGGGGAGCUACAGGGUCUGGCCGACCGGGUGGUGAACUGCCAGGAAGUCCUGGACGCCAUGAACCUCUUGGUCUUGCAGGUCAGCUGUUUCCCUUACACCCUCCAGACCCACCAGUCCCGCAUCAGCAUCCACAAUGAAAUUCACUGGCCAUCCAGUGACAAUUUGCAGAGGGAUCAGCCUCAUAAUGAGCUGGUCUACUUUGGCCUGAGGAAUUACAGCUGCUCCCUGCAGUGGGGCGUAGCCAGCCCCAUCCUGCGCUGCGAUGAUGCGUUUGAGAAGAUGGUUCAUACUCUCUUAGAGAGACAUCCCCACCUGCACAGCAUGGUGAUCCGCAGCUACCUGCUGAUUCAGCAGUACACUGAGGCCAUGAUGGCUCUGACCUCUUCCCCGUCCCUGAGGGAUCACAUAACCCCGGAGACCCUGGCCAUGGUGGAGGACCUGAUAAACGCUCCGAGUCGAGAGGGCUCCCAGGGACACGGCCACAUGCUGCUGGUCCGCGUCCCCUCGCUGCAGCUGGCGAUGUUGGCCCGAGAGAGACUGGAGGAUGUGAGGGACAAGCUUGGACUGCAGCUGUGCUUCGCAGUGCUGCUGGGAAGUCCAGUGUCUGAACUCAACCUGUCCAGAAACUUCAUCAACAUCCUCAGGGCGUGGAGAGGCUGUGAGAAUGAAGAAUGGGUGCCACACACGUAUGAGGAUUUAGAGGGGCUGCCCUGCAUUGUCAUAUUGACAGGGAAAGACCCUCUUGGAGAGACCUUCCCCCGGUCUCUGAAAUACACGGACCUGCGUCUGAUAGACUCCAGCUACCUGACCCGUACUGCCCUAGAGCAGGAGGUGGGUCUGGCCUGCACCUACGUGUCCAUGGAUGUGGUCCAAGAGUCCAAGACCUCUACAGCUCCUCGGGAAUCAGAUGGAGAGAAGACUGCUACUAGUCUAAAUGACGGCGAUGAGCUGGAGAGACCUCAGAGCAAUGGCAGCGCUGCAACCAGAACAUCUGGCUCCCUGGUUGAGAACGGUGUCAGUUCAUCUGACUUGGCUGACUCGUUCCAGAAGCCGUCCACAUCCACCUCCCAACCCGAAGGCCUCGUCACCUCGGACAUGGCCACACUAACAGAAGUAUUCAAGCAGGAGUGCGAUUCGCUGGGAAGCCAGCUCUCCUCCAACCCUCUAAAAGCCCCCAACGCCACACCAUCCCAUUACUCCAGCUCCUCAUCUUCCUCUCCCUCCACCUCUUCCUCCUCCACACAGAGGCCCAGCCAGUCCACGCAGUGCGGACGAACGUCCAAGCCCUCCAGGGUGUUGCCGCGAACGGUCAUCUUAUCACGGGCGGCGUACAACCUCCUGUCUGGGGAAUUGGGGAGUCAGCUAAGCUCCUUCUCACUCCUGCCUCACGCAGAUGUGUCCUGGAGCAGUCCGCUGAGGCCCCUCAUCACACACAACCUGCAGGGGGCAGAGCAGAGCCUUUACUACCGCCAGUGGACUGUUGCCAGGCAGCAUCAUGCUGAUUAUGAAGCACCACCUGUGCCCCAUCCACGACGCCUGCUCCUCAGCGGACCCCCACAAGUAGGAAAAACCGGUGCCUACCUGCAGUUUCUACGCAUCCUGUUUCGUAUGCUCAUUAGACUACUGGAGGUAGACGUUUAUGAUGAUGAGGAAGAUGAGGAGGAAGACACUACAGAUGUUAUGACUCCAGCAAACACACAAUGGCCCGACAUCGAGGAUAUUCGAAAGCUGCCCUUUGACCCCAAUCCCAGGGAUCCUAAAUUCAGCAAGGCCAGCCCUGUUCACUCUGACAAGAUGCCAAAGUUUUUUAAAGAGUUUAAGAAGGAAGGAGAGAACCAAACACAAUGCAAGAGAGUGACCAAGUCAAUACGCCUAAAUAGAUUUGCUGCCCAUAAUGCCUUUCAUCAUUGUGAACAGUGUCAGCAGUACUGCGAGGCUGUUCCUACUACACAGCUGUCAGAGUGCUCCUUACAUGCUUUCACCUUCUGCUCGUCCAUGCUGGGAGAGGAGGUCCAGCUUCAGUUUUUCAUUCCUAAAGCCAAGGAGCACCACUUUGUAUUCAGUCAUCAGGGCAGCCAUCUGGAGAGUUUACGACUGCCUCUGGUCUCCACAAAGGAUCCUGAUCUUUUAAAGAGUCCGAUCUUCACCCCGACAACAGGACGCCAAGAGCACGCCCUGCUCAACCUCUUCCACGCCAUGGAGGGUGCCACUCAUCUGCACAUCCUGGUGGUCAAACAGUUUGAGAUGCCCCACUACAGGAAGUACUGGCCCAACCACAUCCUGCUUGUCCUGCCAGCGAUGUUCAACAAUGCCGGAGUUGGAGCUGCUCGCUUCAUGAUCAAAGAGCUGUCAUACCAUAACCUAGAGCUGGAGAGGAACCGCCUGGAGGAGCAAGGUGUCAAGAGACAAGAUGUAUGGCCUUUCGUUGUCAUGAUGGACGACUCCUGUGUGCUAUGGAACACCUACCAGCCAGCAGAAGAAAGCGAACCAUCAGAUGGAAGCUCCGCCCUCACCAAUGUGUCUUUGAAAACGGUGCUGCAGCACAUGGAGAACACACCCAAGAUCUCCUUGUAUGCCAUGUGCGGUGUCCGUAAGUGGAGCAGCACCCUGGCUCGCAAGACUCCCCGUAACCCUUACAGUCGGUGUCACCUCCACGACUUUGUCCUCCUCAACGUGGACCUGACACAGAACGUUCAGUAUGACCUCAACAGGUAUAGCUGUGAGGAGGUGGACUUUAACCUGAGGGUGAACAGCAGCGGGUUGCUGAUGUGCCGCUUUAACAACGUCUCCUUGAUGAAGAAACACAUUCCAGUUGGUGGAAACGAAGAUUUUGUUGUCAAACCGAAGCUUGUGGAAAUCAAAAACAAGGCUCCGAUCAGCCCGUCUCAGUAUGUUUGCGCUCCAGACAGCGAACAGACCCUGCUGGACGCCCCGGCCCAGUUCCUGCUGGAAAGUUUCCUGCAGAGCUGCAGCCACAGACUGUUUCCGAAGGCUGUUCAGAACAGCAACAACCCAGUUCUGUCCAUUGAUAGUUACCUCAACCUCAGCCCAGAGAUUGCUGUGUGCUACAUCAACUCUCGCCCACACUCCACCAACCUCAACCAUCAGGGUCUGGUGUUCAGUGGCCUUCUGCUUUACCUGUGUGACUCUUUUGUGGUCUCCGGACUCCUCAAGAAGUUCCGCUUCUUGAAAGGUGCCACCCUAUGUGUGAUCUGUCAGGACCGAAGUUCCCUGCGUCAGACCAUCGUCCGGCUGGAGCUGGAGGACGAGUGGCAGUUUCGUUUGCGGGACGAGUUUCAGACAGCCAAUUGCAGCGAGGAUCGGCCCCUCUACUUCCUGACUGGCCGCCACGUCUGAACCCAUGAGUGUUCUGUAGUUGUGCAGCUGGAGAAGCCCAGUCACAAUCAGGAGUACUUUUGGAUCUCCUCUACAGCAGUUCCAUUGAUGCUUGCUAGUUGACUUGUCUCCACUUGAGUUUGUUUUUAUAAAAGAAAUACUGCCACCAGGAAAACAAAAAAAAAAGCACCGCUCAAAUGAAGCUUUGUUUUGUUGUGGCAAAAAUGGAUCCAAUACGGGACAAUUGGAGGAUCCACUGGUCCAUGAACUUUGAACUCAGUAUGUCCGGUUCUGGACGUAUGUUUUUUUUUAUCUCAGGGUUUAAAAUUGAGGGAGAUUUAAGGGAUUUAAGGCGUUACAUUUUCUCCUCCCUGCUCAUUAACUUGUGUUGGCACCAAAGACUCAUCUGCACCUUGCCUUCUCCGUUUGCUUUCCAGCUCAGCCUCUGAAACUCCAAGAAGCUCAUCGCUAAAUGACAUCCCACACAGGUUCUGUCACAAGCAAUUUUCAUCAUUAGAAGCUGCUGAUUCUCCUCUUCUACCAAUGGGAUUUGAAUAGUAAGCGACUACUGAUCUAGUGGAUUUAAGCUUUUCUUUUCUACUUUGCCUCUAAAAUCUUGAACGUGGCAUCGAUAAUCUUUCCAAGAAAUUCGCCAAUGACUGAAUCUAAGAAGGUUUACAAGCUGCAAUUUUUAAAGAAUGUAAAAAACGGCUGUCCGCUAUUUAAAAUCCUGAAUGUGACCUAUGUCAAUGUGUAAUGCCAAUCAGAAAGAGCAGCCCAUGUUUUAGAGUAAAUAAUUUGCAUUUAGACAUUUACUGACACAAAUCCUGAAUGGUCAGACAGAUAAAAUGUCAUAAUCAAGCUCUGACACUGCCUUUAGUGUUGCUGCUGACUGUGCCCAGGAUUUCACCUCUUGCUGUGGUGUUCUAAGGCAGUUUGUUUCUUUGCUGUUUGUGUAUCUUAAACUGGUUUGCCCCACAACUGAUAGAAAGGGUAAACAAAGUAAGAAAAAGGUGACACACGGUUAGAAAAGCAUACUUGAAAAGUGUUUUUUGCAUGUUUCUCCACAGGGUUGUCAAAAGAAUAUGCCUUAAUUAUGUUUUACACAGCCAUCAAUAACCUGUCAUAAUGACCAAUCAGAAUGAAGAAACAAAAUACAAGACAAUGUAAUGUUUGAGUAAAGUAAGUAGGAAUAGUUAGAAUUUGAACUACUGUACUGUUGAAAUCUUUGUUUACAUUAUUAAUAUAUGAUGUCAUCCACUCACCCACUGACAGCUAAUGAGGUCAUGUUUUAGCCCUGCGUUACUCUUGCCAGUAUAUCAUGGUGUCUUUCUGCAUUUUAUGUUGCAAAAAGGCGAGAAAAAAAAAAAUCUACCUAAAUAUAUCUAUGAAAAUAUGUUUGUAUCCCUUUGUGUCCAUGUGUUGAAUUUUCUUUGACAAAUGAAAAUCAAGUCCAUGGGGGAUGAGUUUUUUUUAAUUUAUUUGACAUAUAUUUGGGACUGAUAAUCAUGUUAAAGUGAGAUAUUUGAUUGCUUGCUGAGGCGAGGGCACAUCCCUCCUCAGAAACAUCUAUGAAGGCUUUGCACAGGAACCCAAAUGGAUGUUUUAGAUCUACUGAAUGUCACGGGGGUGGGGGAGAGAUGUGAACUUGCACUAUUCAAGUUACUAGUUGAAUAAUAUACGCCAAACAACUGCUCCCUCAGAGUUAUUCCAAGCAUAAGACUCGGUCCAGAGAAUUAGUUUUUAUUUCUUUAAAAAAAAAAAAAAGAAAAAUUUAAUACUUAAUAUGCAACUUGCUGUCACAAUCUUCACUGAAAUAUGUCUCGAUGUCUUGUGCAGCUCAGUGGUAGCCUUGGUGCCUGGUUGAUCUACCUCAUGUUUACCAUUGUGAUUAUUGGCUGUGAAUAAUAUAACAGUAGAGUCCUAUUGUUCAAAAUUUAUGAAUGUAAUAAAAAUGAUUUCUCAGUU